UCUAGACAAGACAGACAGUAUAAAGGCACCAAAAAGUAGACAGAAUGGCAGAUUGCUAGUAUUUGAUCCAAAGGAAAAAGUGAUGACUGAACCAAAUGAAGCAAUGUCAGAUAAAUGCCUCUUUGGAUGCAGACUGAGAUUGACAAGCAAACUUUACACCUCACUGACACGAGUCUCUCUCAAUGUAGCUAAAACAUUUGCAGAAAAGAAGGAAGUCUCUUCAAAGAAUAAUGAAAAUAAAGCCUCUUUAAAGAAUACUGAAAAUAGAAUAUCUUCAAAGAGCAUUGAAAAUAAAGAUAUCUUAAAUCUACAGUCUGAUCUGUGGUCCUCUUCCUUCUUAAAAGAAAGCACAGGUGAGGCGGGCAAAGAUGUAGUCAUUGCACAGCAGAAGAAAAAUAAUGAGUAUUGCCUUCAGGACGUUGAUGAUAAGUUGUCAGAAUCAACAGAUGAUGGUGGUGAAGAUGAUACUAAUGAUGAAGAUAAUGAUGAAGACAGUAACCCUAAAAAGGUUACUCAUGCACCAUUAGAGUUAAUGGCAGAAUUCCUGAAAGCAGAAAUGGGCCGAGACUACCAUCUGGCAAAAAAACUAUGUCAGAUGAUCCUAAUCUAUGAACCAGAAAAUCCUGAGGCCAAGGAGUUUUCCACACUUAUUGAAGAAAUGUUACUGAUGGAGAAAGCUCAGAAUCUUGAGGAAGAUGGUGAAGACAGCGAAGGCAGCAGCGAUGAGAGUGAAGGAGAAAGCAGCCAGGAGCUGAGUGAUGAGAGCCCUGGCGAGUGGGCAGAUGGGCCAUGAACAUUGCUGCUCUGGUUUAAGCAGCAUAUAUUUUCAUUAAUAUAUACCAUGGAAAUAUAAAGAGAGCCACAUUUUGGUACAAUUGUUCUUCA